AUGGCCGCCCCCGAAGUCCACCACCUCUUCCACCACCCCAUCGCCGAUCACUCCUUCUCGGCCGACCACUCCGUCCUCGCUGUCGCUCGAGACACUGCUGUCGAGCUCUAUGGCAAGGUUGGCAAUGCCUUCAAGCUAAAAGAUGAGCUCAAGGGCCACGACAAGACGGUCACUAGUGUUGAUAUUGCCCCAAACAGCGGACGUAUCGUCACUUGCUCUCAAGAUCGUAAUGCUCUGGUCUGGGAGCCAUCCCCAACCGGUUAUAAGCCUACCUUGGUCCUUCUUCGAAUCAGCCGGGCUGCUACCUUUGUCCGAUGGUCUCCCUCCGAGAACAAGUUCGCCGUGGGAUCCGGCGAUCGCGUCAUUGCUGUCUGCUACUUCGAAGAGGAGAACGACUGGUGGGUGUCCAAGCACCUGAAGAAGCCCAUCCGCAGCACCAUUACCAGCGUUGCGUGGCACCCCAACUCGAUUCUCCUGGCUGCUGGAUCCACUGAUGCUCACGCCAGAGUCUUCUCCGCCUUCAUCAAAGGUAUGGACUCCCGACCUCCUCCUGGAGUCUGGGGCGAGCGACUCCCUUUCAACACCGUUUGUGGGGAGUACUUGAACAACUCGGCUGGAUGGGUGCACUCCGUCUCUUUCUCUCCAAGCGGAGACAGUCUUGCAUUCGCAGCGCAUGAUAGUAGCAUCACUGUUGUCUACCCAUCCGGCCCUGAGCAGCCUCCCCGUGCAGUUGUCACCGUCUCCACUCAGCAGCUUCCUUUCAAGAGUCUGAUCUGGACCAGCGAAGAUGAGAUCAUUGCUGCUGGUUACGACUGUGAGGCUUUCCGCUUCCAAGGUGGUGAGGCUGGCUGGCAGCUAGCUGGUGCUAUUGAGCAGAAGGGCCGUCCCGGUCUGGGCGAGCACCGCGAGGAGUCUGCUUUGAACAUGUUCAGACAAAUGGACCUCAAGGGCAAGACCAAGGAUGACACUCAACUUAAGACUAUCCAUCAAAAUACCAUCAGCACCGUCAGGCCUUUCGAGACCUCGGGUGACCGCAUUACCAAGUUCAGCACAAGCGGCGUCGAUGGUAGGGUUGUGGUAUGGAGCACUUAG